AUGACAGACUACGACGAAACCUACGAUGAGUUUCUUAAUAGAAUACGAAACCACUUGCUUGAUGCAAGCCCUGACAUUAUAAACUCAGCGGUGGAAAUUUUAUUAGACAUAUUAGGAUCUGAUAUAAGCGUGACGACCAAGAGAAAAGAAACCAAUGAGCUUCUAAGUAGUGCUAUUGGUGACGAGGAGUUGGGGGAAUUGGUAAACUUAGCAACGAGUUACAAGGCUAUGCUACUGAAAUAUCGUGGGUCGGAAAAGGAUGAAACAAGGGCAAUUGCGAUUGAAGUAGAAGAGUCCGAUGGAGAAGAGCCUGAAGCGGCAUCUGAAGAAGAAGAAGAGGAGGAGAAGGGGGAGGAGGAAGAAGAAGAAGAAGAAAAUCCUAUCAUUGUCGAUAGGGUGUACGACUGGAAUACUUUCAAAGAGGAGGUUUCCGAAGCAGAAAAUAUAUACGAAGCGUUACGUGACAGAAACCUAACUGAUAAAAUCCUUGCAAAGCGUUUCCCCAAAGUGGAAUUGCACAAGAUAUUACAAAACCGAUGGAGAAUAGUGUACUCAAGAAGCCUCGCGACAGGCGAUAAAGCUCAAACAAUCCAAGAAAUGCAAAAUUAUCACCUCAAUGAGCUCAUCUUGGAGCUAUUAGGAAAAAAGGAUGCUGAGCAUACAAUCAAACAGCUACGAAAACGAGUACUUUACGAAGAGAAAGAUGGAGGUGACUUGAAAGUAACAUUACCAAAGGGGACCUACCAGGAGAAAAUGGCCAACUAUGAUAUCAUUACUGUCCCUCCAAGUGCUGCUCCACCUAACGAUGACGAGCUCCUACCUGUUAGUACAUUACCCUCAUGGGCACAGGAAUCAUUCCCAAGUAAUGAAACUUCAACGUUCAACCGAAUACAGUCUAAAAUCUACCCAAUGGCUUUUGAAUCUGAUGAUAAUUUAUUAAUUUGUGCACCAACAGGUGCUGGUAAAACUAAUGUGGCAAUGUUGACCAUGUUGCGCACUAUCGAAAAUUAUCGUUCUAAUAAUCACAUAGAAGGAAACAAGUUCAAAAUUGUAUAUAUUGCGCCACUAAAAGCCUUGGUUCAAGAACAGAUGAGAGAGUUCCAACGAAGGUUAACUUCUGCAUAUGGGUUGGUGGUGAAUGAAUUAACCGGUGACUCUUCAUUAUCACAACAACAGAUAUCAGAAACAAACGUGAUUGUCACCACGCCGGAGAAAUGGGAUAUCAUUACAAGAAAAGAUCAUGACUAUCUAAAGUUAAUUAAGUUGUUGAUCAUUGAUGAAAUACACUUGUUGCAUGAUUUGAGGGGACCGGUAUUGGAAGGAAUAGUGUCAAGAGUCGUACGUACAGGUGAGGAUAUUAGAAUUGUUGGGUUGUCUGCAACAUUACCCAAUUAUCUUGAUGUUGCAAAGUUCAUUCGUGCAAGUGACAAGGGAGUAUUCUAUUUUGAUUCAAGUUAUAGACCGUGCCCAUUGGAGCAAAAGUUUGUUGGAAUAAAGGAGCAAAAAGCGUUAAAGAAAAAAAUUGCCAUGAAUGAAGCAUGUUUAGAGCAGACAUCUAAUGUUUUGAAGCGCAAUCAACAGCUAAUCAUUUUUGUACACCUGCGAAAUGAAACUGCUGCUACUGCAGAAUACUUAGUGGAAGGUUUGGCAAACCUGGAUACGGAAAUCAUCACAGAAAUCAGCACUCGCGAAAUCCUACAACAAGAGAGUGAUAGGGUGACUAAUGUGAAAUUGCAAAGACUCUUGAUUUCAGGUAUUGGUGUUCAUCACGCUGGAUUAAACAGAGAUGACAGAACAUUGGUAGAAGAUCUUUUUGCUCAGGGCCAUUUAAAGGCCCUUGUUUCCACAGCCACAUUGGCGUGGGGUGUGAAUUUACCUGCACAUACAGUGAUUAUCAAAGGAACCGAAGUGUACUCACCAGACGCCGGGAACUGGACCCAGUUAUCUCCACAAGAUGUAUUUCAAAUGUUGGGAAGAGCAGGUCGUCCGAGGUAUGACAGGAAUGGUGAAGGUAUAAUCAUUACAUCUCAAGACCGAAUACAAUACUACCUUGCUAUUUUGAAUCAGCAGUAUCCAAUUGAGUCGCAAUUAAUGACCAAAUUAAUUGACAAUGUCAAUGCAGAGGUGGUUUCUGGUACUAUCUCCUCAUUGAAUGAUGGUAUAGACUGGCUAGGCUACACUUACUUGUACGUGCGGAUGGUGCAAUCACCAAAAUUGUAUGGAGCAGAUUCGCUCACCAAUGAGGAGAAUCCAACGUUCUAUGUACGAAGACUUGAGUUGAUAAAUGCUGCUUUUUCAGUUCUACAUGAAAAAAAAUUGUUAGUCCAUGAUGGUGGGAAGGUAGUCUCCACAGAGCUCGGAAAAAUCGCUUCCUACCAUUAUAUCAGCUACGAAACAGUGGCCAGGUAUAAUCAGUUAUUGAAACCUUGGCACACGGAAGGCGAUAUUAUUAGAGUGUUUGCUCACUCUGACGAAUUUCAAUUCAUACCCAUUAGAAGGGAAGAAAGAUUGGAAAUACACAAGCUUAUGGAAAAAUGUCCUAUCCCGAUCAAGGAACUUCCUACGGAACCACUUACUAAGAUCAACAUUCUAUUGCAAACGUAUAUAUCGAGGCUCAAUCUUGAAGGGUAUGCCUUAAUCUCCGACAUGAUCUACAUCAAGCAAUCUGCAUCGAGAUUGUUGCACGCUUUGUACGAAAUAGCAUUGCUUAAAAAGUGGUCAUCACUUGCAAAAACAAUACUCGGUUUAUCAAAAAUGGUGAGCAAUCGUCUUUGGGCAAGUGAUUCUCCAUUAAGACAGUUUGGUUCACUAGCCCCAAAGUCGAUAAUCAAAGCUUCAGAAGCAUCCCAUUUGCCAUGGAUUCAAUAUUUCCACUUGACAACCGAGGAGUUGGCUGAAGUGUUGAACUUGCGUGGAAAUGCCCAACAGGCGUGGGAUCUCGUUCAUUCAUUUCCUCGCAUUGAGCUUAAUUAUACAGUUCAGACCAUUACUGAUGAGUAUGUGAGGUUGAGAAUUGAAGCGAUUCCAAAGUGGAACUGGUUGAGCAUUCAUGGAAGACAGGAGUCAUUCGAUUUGUUUUUGGAAGAUUGUGAUGGCAAUGAGCUUAUACACUAUCAACAAUUUCGUGUUCGCAAGGAGGAAAUCGACCAGCCACACGUACUUGAGUUUCAAUUCAAGUUAAAGCUGCCUCAACCCCCAAACUUGCUACUUUCGUUUGUGAGUACCAAGUGGGUCAAUUGCACAUCAAAAAUACCGAUCAUAACAGAUUUGAUUACACCAAAAGAUAGAUCAUACUUUGUCGAACGUGGGGAGCGAACUGUUGCAUUAAAUGAGUUUAAAGAACUCAGCUUAGAAGAGGACAAGAUAUCAAGUGAGAUAUAUGAGGCAAUUUGUGACGAAGAAAACAUCUUAAUCGGAAUCAGUCCCGGAGAGCAAAAAGCUAUAUGUCCGGAGUUGGCAAUUGCUCAGCACUUGCGUCGAUCAAACAAGAGAAUUGUCUACAUAAACCCAAAUGAAGACAUAGUUGGCGCCAGAUUCAAAAAGUGGUCAAACAAGAAAGACCUGGUUUGCAAAUUAUCUGGUGAUUUGAAAAAGGAUGCCAAAGCAUUCAAUGCCAAUAGAGUAAUUACAUCAACUCCUGGUCUGUUUUACUCACUCUGCAAGCGUUGGAAAAGUCCAAAGGCAAUCAAAACGGUUCAGCUAAUUGUACUUGAUGAUCUUCAUGAACUUGAGACUAAUCCUGUUUACGAAUUUAUGCUUACCAGGAUAAAAGUUUUGCAAUCGCAUGCAGACGAUAUCAACGUUCGACUCGUUGGGAUUUCUUAUCCAUUAUUGAAUUCCCGUGACGUGGCACUGUGGCUAAACGUUUCAAAAGUUAAUAUAAUCAAUUACCCUUCUUCGGUGCGUGACAACAACAUUGAGGAGAUAAAUUUCAGGGAGGAUAAGAAUUGGGAUAUUAAUGACCGCCGGACUAUCGUAUUUGCAGGAACAAAUAGCGAGGCAGUUAAAAUUGCUCAAAGGUUUCCCCAACACAAUUCAAAGAAUCUACGUAAGUACAUUGACAGUGUGGAAAACAAGCUACUCAAAGAUGCGAUUGGGAAUGGUGUUGCAAUCUUUUUAAACGAGUUUUCCAAAAAGGACAAAGCGAUUGUAUCUAAUUUAUUCAGGGCUGGAAGUAUAUUGCUGAUUGUCACUACCAGGGAUGCAGUUCAUCUUGCACCUUCUGCUGACGUUAUUAUCAUUGAAGGGACCCAGUACUAUGAUGGCUAUGAACACCGUGACGUUAGUUACAGCAUGGUUGACAUUUACAACAUGGUUGGCCAUUGUCAAAGUACUUCAGGAUAUGUUUAUAUUCAAACGACGAGUGAAGCGGCUACUUUUUACUCAUCUUUUAUCAAUUUUGGUAUUCCUUUAGAAAGUCUGUUGGAUUCCACAAUCUACGAGUUUUUCAUCGAUGGUAUUGCACAUGGUUUGUUAAAACUGAGACAGGAUUGUAUUGAUCUCUUGACCCACACGUUCUUUUACAAAAGGUUAUUGAGCAAUCCUAGCUAUUAUGGGUUGAGAAAUCUUUCUUCGAUUGCUGUAUCUGAAUACUUAUCCAAUUUGAUUGAAGAUUUGAUGGACGAUUUGAUCAAAGGCGACUUUGUUGAAGAGGAUGAGGAAGAGACAAUAAUGCCUUCCAACAAGGCCUUGAUUACAUCACAUUACGAGUUAUCCUUUGAAACAUUAAAUACAUUGAGCACCUUGAAUGAGAAGAGUAAGCUUAAGGACAUCCUCCUUGCAGUGACCAGUGCUGCUGAAUUUGAAACAUUACCAAUAAGAAAAUCAGAUGAGUUGUUAUCUACUAUUGCGAGAAAAAUGCCCUUGAAAAAUGCUUCGACAAUGACACCAUUUUACAAGUCCUUCAUCCUAGCCCAGGCGUUUAUAUCGAGAGUGAAUUUGCCAUUUGAAUUAAAGUAUGACCAAGAGAAGGUAUUGAAGCUCUUCGUUCGCGUGUUGAAUGCAAGCGUUGAUGUCUUGUCAGGAGAGGGCCACUUGAGUGCGAUGUUGGCAAUGGACUUGUGGCAGAUGGUGUCACAACAAGUUUGGUCGUUUGAGAAUCACUUGAAACAAGUUCCAAAAUUCAAUGAUGCAAUCCUCACGCGUUGUAAGGAGCACAAGGUUGAGACUGUCUACGACAUCAUGAGUGUAGAUGAUGAUGAAAGAAACGAGGUACUUCAAUUGAAAGAUGAUGAUUUGAACGAAGUAGCUAUGUUUGUCAACCUGUACCCAAAUGUCAAACUAUCUUAUGAGACGUUGUCUCAAGGAUCAAUUAGUGUGUUGCUAGAACGAGACGAGGAGUUGGACUCUUUGGAUGCUGUAUGUAGGUUGCCAUUCACAAAAGAGGAGAAUUGGUGGGUAGUUGUCGGACUGCCUCUGUUAAAUCAAUUAUACGCUAUAAAGAAGACACAGAUAAGAAAUCUCGAACAAAGAUUACAAAUCGAGUUUGAAAGCCCCGACUCAAUUGAUGACCUUACAUGCUGGGCUAUCUGCGAUUCGUACUUGGAUGCCGAUAAAGAGGUGCAAAUAUCGUAA